GUCUCCAUGGCCUUGCUCUAGCUGCCGUCGGCGUGCCAGUACGCACAUAUGUAGGUACCGGUAUGUAGGCACAUUCCUAAGUAUAUCUAUAGUUUGGUGAGGGGCAGGGAGGGAGGAAAAAAAACGACUGGUGUUGGUUCCUUCGGAGGCCGGAUGUCGAUGCUUCCGGUGCCGUCGAUACCGUAUCGCCCGGCGAAGAUCGAUCGGUGCGUGCUUACCAACCAACCAACCAACCAAGGAAGCGAAAACGUUAACCGCGUUAAAGUUGCAUGCGCAGCGAGCGAUGGAAGGGAAGGGGUCUUUUUGCCCAUCGCAGACCGGUACCAGGCUGUGGGACGUUAUACGAGCCGCCGAUGUGGUACCGGUGGGUCGGUACUGGAAAGCUCGGCGGGGAAGGGUACAUACAAACAUGGAUACUUGGUAUGUACCGUAUAUAAUGUACCGUAUAUGCUUAUCUUCGGCUCGAAUCCUGCACCAGCUGCGCCGCGGGGUGAGAAUACCGGUACCGAUCGAGGGGAGGGCUCGGGAAACUCUGGCAGGAACAAGAACGGGCGACCGAAGGCGGCCAAGCCUCACGACGGAUGCGAUUUCCUAUUCAUACGGUGGUUACUCCCCAAGCACGCAGCACGCAGCAGCAUCUUGCUCCCUUCUGCUCCCGCUCCCACUCCCGCCCGAGAUGGCAGUGGGAACCCAAACCUCGCGCUCAAACUUUUCCGCCCUGACAUGAUGCCGACACCCACCCAUCCAUCCAUCCAUGCCAGACUCUUUCCGACCGCGGAUUGAGUGCCCCGACCGACGAAUUCGACGACGAUGAGCAUGAAGCGAUAGAGAUCAAUCGAGCCUCGGUCCCUGGCCGGAGAA